AUAUAAUUAUAAACAGUUUGCUCAGAGCUACUGUUGUCUGAUAGCGCUUGUUAUUUGUCCUGGAAAGUGAUUUUUUUUAUUUGAAAAAAUCGUUGGUUGUUGUUGUAAUAUCUCUAUUUUUUUUAAUAAUUCUCGUCUCAAUAUUUGGUUUUGUACACAAAUACUCCAAUAACAGCAAUAUGAGGCCUCUAUACGACGCAAUACAUUGGUACAUGGCAGAUGUUGGUGCUCGCGUGGUGGCCAAGACCGGGAUCCCUUCAGACAGACAUCAUUUAGGGAAACUGAUACUGCACAGCCUGCAAGACGAUCCCGACUUUAUAUUCCAGAUAGAUGGAGCUACAGGGGAGUCAGAAACAAACAUAUCAGCCGCAUUCAGGAGUAUCCAAUGCGCUGUCUCUCUCACAAAGAUGGGGUUGAAGAAGGGAGAUGUGAUGGUACUUAUGGGGCCGAACCACAUUCACUUCUCUGUACCCCACCACGCAGCACUGUUUCUUGGAGUCAUGAUGGCACCAGUUGAUGUUAAUUUGGUUGUCAAUGAAUUGAAACAAAUAUUUGCAACGAAUCGACCGAAGAUAAUUAUCUGUCAAAAUGAAAAAACAAAGGACAUUGAGAAAGCACUCAAUUUAGCAGAUGUGGAAGCUAAAAUCAUUACGUUUAAUGAAAGCAGUGACUAUACUACACUUGCACAGAUCUUACAAGAUGCGGAUGAUGAAGAAGUCGCUAAUUUCAAACCAACGGAUUUUGACCCAGAAGAGACGGUAGCCUUCCUACCUUCAACUAGUGGUACCACGGGGAUACCGAAAACAGCGAUGCUGACACACAAGAACUUAAACAUCUUAGUACCUUACAUGUGGUCGAGUUGCACAAAGUUUCCAACACCAACCAAAUUGAUGUUCCUGACGUCACCGCCCCAAUGGUUGUCAGCUGGCUUCCAACACCUCUACUCCCCGAUCCUGAAGUAUACCCGACUGCAGACAUCAGCAGAACUGACUCCAGAUCACUUUGCUGAACUUGUUAAUAAAUAUAAGCCAACCUGUCUAAUGACCAGUCCAACUAUGGUGCAAACUAUGAUAGCGAAGGCGAAAUGUGACUUCACCUGCUUUGAGUUCAUAGCGAUGGGAGGCAGCGCUGUGCCGCAUGACCUUGUGGACCAAACUAAGAAAAUAGCAGACACAGAUAAGGUCAUUGUUCUCUACGGUAUCACUGAAUUGGGUGGUCUUGUCGUCCAGCACGAGUAUCCACCAGCUAAUGGGUCUUUUGGGAAACCUGUCGGUUGCGUGGAUGUCAAAAUUGUGGACACUGAGACGCAGGAAGAAAUAUUAGAGCCCAACGUUCCAGGAGAAAUUUGGUUCAGAGGCCCAAAUGUGUUCAAAGGCUACUACAACAGACCAGAAGCAACCAAAGAGACGUUGACAGAAGACGGCUGGUUCAAAACUGGUGACAUUUUCUACAGAGACGAAUCAUGGAACCUAUUCUUUGUUGAUCGGUACAAGUCAUUAUUGAAGUACAAGAGUCACCAGGUGUCUCCAGUAGAAGUCGAGGAGGUGAUAAUGAAGCAUCCAGGAGUAAUGCUGGUAGGAGUGACGGGUAUACCAGACAGGGAGUGCGGGGACCUGGUGGUGGCGUGUGUUGUGCCCAAGCCUGGCUGCAGCCCCACAGCGCAGGAGAUCGAGGACCUGGUCACAGAAUCUCUAUCAGACUCCAAACGGCUAAGAGGAGGUGUGAUCUUCAUGAAGGAACUGCCAACGACCAGUACAUCCAAGAUCAACAGACAGAAACUAAAAGAGUUGGUCGCCAACUUACCACGACAAUGAAAUAAAACAGUAUACCUACUACAAAAAUUACUCAAAAAUAAAAACUGGCGUCUGA